CAAGUGUUGACACAACAGCAUCACCUCCUACCAUACUAAACAACCCGCUUUAUAUUUCCCCAACAUGCAUCUCAGCAGAGUUUUUGGCGUGGUAAUCUACUUCGGAGAAGCAUUUUCUAGAUAUCCAUCCACUCUUCAUGUUACCAGGGAAAUCGCCGGCAAACUUGCCGUUAUCAGAGACGAUAACGCUCUAUGCCCUCUUUCUCAUCGGCAGCCCAACUUCAAUUUUCCCACUUCGCAGCAUAACACCUCGUCUGAUCAACAGUCUACCACCUGUAUUUGGACAGAUAAUAACGAAAAGCAAUAUUGCGUAUUUGCAGAUUCACACUUCAAUCAUGGAAAGGGCAUAGCCGUAAUAACGACCCCAGACCGCGCCCGACACAUCUUCAACUCCAUUACGUCUCUAUCAGGUCAUCCUAGCAUUCCUCUGGAGCCGUUGUUUACAACUAGAGCUAGCGGAAGCAAAGGUCGAGGCAUAUUUGCAAUUAAACACAUACCUGCAGGCAGUCUCAUCACCCAAGAGUCACCAAUCGUUUUUCUGGACCGUAAUUGGAUGGAGGAUAUCUCUUCCGAAGAAGCUCGAACAGCGCUUCAAGCGUUGGCUGUAGAGAAGUUGCCAAGUACCACACGCCAAACGGUUCACGAGCUAUACGCAGGACCAUACGCAUACGAACAGAGCUUAAAACAAAGAUUAUGGACAAAUGGCUACGGUGUUUCCAGCGGGCCCACACUGAGCUGGCCAGGCUUAGAAAGCGAAUCAGAUCUUGGCAUGAUUGCGAUACAUGCAAAUAUAUCUGAUUGGAAUUUGCUUGCACACAGGCUGUACGCAGUCCGCGACAUUACUACUGAUAAGGAGAUCACUAUUUCCUACAUCAAUCCUGUGCAGACCUUCCAGGAGCAGCAAAAAUACGCAAGAGACGUUCUUGGUUUUAAAUGUGCUUAUAGCCAAUGCAAGGCCCCAAGAAAAUUCGCUGACUUAUCUGAUGACCGCAUCAACGAGAUUCUAUUGUUGGAAAGUUACUUAGAAAGUCGAGUUGCCCCAGCUGAGCCAACAGCAAUGGCUGAAUUACUAGUAAGUCUGUACAAGCAAGAGGGUCUAGACUCCUAUAUUUGCAAGGCGUAUGCAAUUGAAGCACGCGAGUGGAAUAGCGCAGGAUACAAGUACCAGGCACGCUUAUAG